ACGCGUUCCUUUGUACACUACUCCUUUGGUCUCUGAAUUCGCUCGGACACCUCCUUCCUUCCUUGGCCGCGGCCGCCGCCGCAGCAGCAGCAGCCCGUUGGUCGCGGUCUCCGGGGGGUUGGGUGAGGGGGAGAUGCAGGGGUACGGCGGGGAAGACCUGCUGGGCGAGGCCAUGUGCGCCGGCGCGCGGGUGGUGGUCGUGGAGGACUGCGUGGAGGCGCCAGCCGCCUUCGUCCUCCACCUCCUCCUCAAGCGCGCGCUCGCCGCGGGCGGGGGCGCGGCGCUCCUCGCCCUCGCGCACCCCUUCUCGCACUACGACCGCGUCCUCCGCAAGAUGGGCUGUAACUUAUCCGUGCAUAGGAAGAGCGAGAGGCUUCAUUUCUUCGACUUGCAGGCGUUCCCAGGUGGAACACGGGGAGGUGUCAUUGCUGAUAGCUUGGCUCAGCUGUACAGUGGCCUUCAGAGAGUGGUGGAGGCAUACAGGACUGGAGAAAAUGCAGGUCGGUUCACGGUUAUGAUAGAUGAUGUUUCGCUCUUGGAAGUUGCUGCCAAUGGUUCUGCAGAUGAUGUCUUGGACUUCCUGCAUUAUUGUGUGACACUUACUUCCGAGAUGAAUUGCUCGCUUGUGGUUCUUAAUCACGAGGAUAUUUAUUCAAGCGAGGAUGGUGUGGGACUUCUCUUGCAUCUGCGCUAUAUUGCUGAUCUUGUGAUUAAGGCAGCGCCUCUGAGCACCGGUUUAGCCGCUGAUGUUCAUGGACAGCUGUCAGUGGUAAACAAGGGAAUGCUCAUCGAGCAAAGACCAGCGAAAGGGCAGAAAGUUUGGAACUUCCAUUUCAAGGUGAAGGAAAACGGCGCAGACUUCUUCUACCCAGGGAGCAGACAUUAGAACCACAAGCGAACUUUGGCCACAGUAAAGCAGACUUGAGUGAAGUUGCCCUGUUUUAAGGAACAUCAUGGAAAGGAAAGCAGUCUUGCCUGGUUGCAUCUCUUUACGCCUUUUUUUAGAUAGCUUGUGUUGCCCUUAUUUCAUUGGAAAAGGAUAUGCACUCAACAUUGUAAGAGCAUCUCUAGUAGAACCCUCAAACCCUUAAAAA